AGUCGUUACUCCCGCCAAAAAUUAGUCGAAGGAUCAACGAUUCGGUUCUAUAGAAUUCCAAUUAAUUAAUUUAUUCACUAAAUAACCUUCGUUAAACAUGUUUUAUGCUCAAGAAAUUCUCCGUAAAAGAGGAGGAAAGUUCGGGAUUAUAUGGUUGGCGGCAACUAAUCCGAAACUUCUGACGAGGAGAGACUACGCCACUGUCAACGUCGACAAAAUAUGUUCCGACAUUAUAGAUCACAUUUUACAUCGCCUUUCUGCCCAAACUGGGAAGAAAUCUUCGAGAUUCUCUUUGUAUCUUAGUUCCAAAUUGAUGUUUGGAGUCAUUUAUGUCUUUAGAAAACAGCACGUAUACUUAUUAGACGACACCAGGAUACUUCAAGAAGGUUUAUACACGACGAAACCCGAAAUUAAGAAAGAUGAAAAACAACUUCAAAUCAAAUAUCCGGCCGUUACUCUGGAGGAUCCUAUGGAAGCCAAUGUGAAUCCGGAAUUCGGUCGCUUUUCCGAGGAAACGGUUUCUUUGGUGAUUCCUAGUUAUGAGUUCUUCCCCGUUUUAACGCCGCGAAGUUCGGAAGCGGAAUCGGUCGACAGAUUGAGGAGAGAAGAAAGAUUUGUUUCUCCAAUGACCGCACCACCUAGUGAAAUCACUAUACGGGAACCGCCCGUAAUUCCUUCAAUGCGUGAAGAGGUUGAGCUUCCAGGAAUUGAAGAAUUGCCUCCGUUCCAAGAUUUAGAAGCCGUUACCGAGCAGCUGCUUCCAGAAGAGCAAAUGCUGAUAAAAAUUCCUUUAGAAUCACCAUCACCGAGAAGACUGCUUCAAGAAGUCACCCCUUUACCUAAAGAGACGACACCUGCUCGAUUAUCUCCAAAAAUUCCGAGACGACCUGAGAAGGCUCCACCUCUUCUUCCGGAAGAAACUCCAGUACACGAUACACGAGGAGCACCAAGACCGAGAAGAAAGAGGAGAGAGGAUAUAAACGAGUUUGAGUUAGAACCCGCAGUCCAAACACGCAAGAGACCCCGUCGACGUCUCUUAAUCCAUGAUGAAGAGACCGUUAUUUCCGCCAAAGAGUUUAAGAACAAUAUCGUCACUUCGUAUAAACAAAUGCAGCCUCUUACCUAUCCAUCACUUCAGAAAUCUGUCGACGUGCUCUUCAGAGAACCUGGAUUGCGGAUUGGAUCUUCUAAAAUAAGAGAAUUCUGGAAAAAUUUACGAACUCUUCCCGAACCGCUCGACCCCGUUUGGGCUUAUACCAUCGAAGAGAGUACUCCUGAAACGGAAGAGCCUACUCCAGUUUCGGAAGCGCCACCUCCGAGGCCUGUUGAGAGAUUACCAGAAGAAGAAGAGGUUCCGAUAGAAAUGUUGCGUAAAAAGUCGCUUCAAGAGAAAGAUAGAGAAGCUCUAGUGAUAACUCCCGUGUCUCUGACAGAUAUCAGUGCAAUAAUGCCCGACAUAUCAAAGAAACCUUCUUUAGGGAAAUCCGUAUCGUUGCCGUCUGGCGAGAUGCCACCGAUGAUGACCAUCGAAGAAGAGCCGAUUCUGGAAGAACCAAUUAUGGAAAUCGGACAGGAACAAGUGCCACUACCCGAAAUACCUUCUUGCGUGAUCGUCGUAUCGCCAACUCGCACCCCGCCGCCGCCAUCGCCCGAAAAAACUAAACACCCGACUCACAGGGACGUUCUUUCGAUGUUUAAAAAAGGUUUAGAAGCUCGCCCAAUGGAUAAAGUCACAUUUCGUGCAGUAAUUUCACCGUUGCGGCAUUCUCGUUACUUCGCUUCCCUAGCUUUCGCCAGAAUUCUAGAUCUUCAUCAAUUCCAAUUCUUAGAAGUUAAACAAGAAUCUAAUUACGCGGACAUUUUUGUAUCACCCGGAGAAAAUUUUUAAACUUUGUGCGUUAAAAAUAUUUAUAGAUUUUAUGACUUGUUGUUCUGUUA